AUGUCUGUCUCACAGAAUUCUUUCCGAUUCAUGAUAUUCAUUCUUUUGUUUUCAACAUGUUUUGCUUAUAACGAAUUCGCCUACUCCGGUAAACUUCCAAAACCGUCAACCGUUCCCCGAAAUCGUCGUCAAUUAUGUGGAUGUACUGGCUGUUCUUGUCCAACAUUAGGUGUUGUCCCAAUCGCUCCACCCGUUCCUCCAAUCCGUCCCCCAAUGCUUCCUUCAGCUCCCUUUCUUCCCGCUCUCCAGACACUUCCAUUUCCCUAUCGAGAAUGUGUUCCCCCAUGCAUCGCUAAUUGUCAGACUACAUGUGCAACCACUCAAUGCUUUGAAUUGUGCCCCGAUCUCUGCCAAGAACAAUGUUAUUACCAAGGAGGACCGAUUGUCGGAAAUUCUGUCAUUCCUCCCCCACCUCCAACUGCAAUCUAUCCACCAGCAAUUCCGGGACCUCUUCCUUGCGGAGAUUGUCUACCAACUUGUCAACAAAGAUGUAUCACCAAUACAUGUAUGCAAAGAUGUCCAUCGAUUUGUGCCAAUUGUAUUCAAUCACCGGCAAUGCCUCCUCCUCCACCGCCGCCACAACCAAUCGCUUCAAUAACAAAAAUCUCGUGCACUCAGUGCAUCAGAUCGUGUCGAGCCGGUUGUGAAACUGUUUCAUGUUUUCAGAGGUGUCCGUCCGUUUGCACACAGUGUGGUGGAAUGGGAAUGGCCGGUAUGGUAGGGAUGGGAGGGAUGAAUGGAAUUGCUGGCAUGGGCGGAAUGGGUGGAAUGAGAGGAAUCGCUGGUCCAAUGUCCGGCGCAAUGUUUCCACCAAGUGUACAGAUUAGCAUUGAAAGGGAGUACGGCCCACAGGGAUCGAUGAACAUUCCCGGGCCAAUUCCUGGCCUAUCAGCUGCCACCGGGAAUGGAGCAAUUCCAAUGACGGCUGGGAGCUUCGAGUUCCCAAUCACCAUCGCCUGUUCAUCUUGUCCCGGUCUUUGCGCUCCUCAAUGUGGAGCCGGUCCACAAUGUAAUGUUUGCGAGGCAACAUGCAGAGAAAGUUGCCUCCCUCCACCAACAAUCCCACUUCCUCCACCCGAGCCUUGUGUGAACAAUUGUCGUGCUAGUUGUAUGCCCUCGUGCGUGAAAACAUAUACUUUGACUGAAUGUGAGACAGUUUGUCACGAGACUUGUGUUCAAACGUGUUCCCGAUCUGUCUAUCCUUGUCCAACGGUGCCGUGUGGAUGUUAUCAAGGUUUCACUCAAUGUGCUGGUGGUUGUUGUCGUUCU